AUGGAUGACUGCAAUCGUAAUGUGACCGAUUGGGAGCUCUGCGUUAUCUGCCAAGAAUCAAACAAGGAAGGACUUCAGUGCCCCGCGGACUCAAGGCGAGCAGAUAAAGGUGCAGGCUAUAAGACACUUGCAGACAAUUUGAAACAGUUUGCUGAUCUGGGUUACAUGCCCAAGGACGUAAAUUUAUCGCGACUAGAUGAAGGCGACGGCAUUGCGGCUGCAUUCUUCAAACAUAGGGCCCGCUAUCACAAAAGUUGCUAUGCUCUUUUUAACUCGACAAAACUGAAACGAGCCCAAAAAAGAAAAUCUGAAGCCCCAGACGAGCCGCUAGCUGGCGGAAAGUUUACUCGCUCAAAUGCAUUGGCAUACACAAAGGACACUAGUCCAUCUUGUUUUUUAUGCGAAUCUGAUAAACAACCACUUCAUAGGGUUUCGACCCUUAGUCUCGAUGCUAGAGUUCGGGAAUGCGCAAAUGUACUGAAUGACGAAAAGUUGUUAGCUAAGCUUGGUGGCGAGGAUUUGAUCGCUCUUGAGGCGAGCUACCACGCCUCUUGUCUAUCUAUGCUGUACAGGAGUACAGAAUAUGCAAAAAGAGAAGCCGUUCGAGGAGAUGAAAAGCCACAUCGUCUAGAAGGUAUUGCCUUGGCGGAUCUCGUGACGUUUAUAGAGGAGUCGCGCACGAAUAGCGGGGGAGAGCUACCUACAUUUAAGCUAGCAGACCUAGCGAAGAUGUAUACCAAUCGCCUGCAGCAGCUAGGGAUGGAGAACACUGCAAGACCAAACAGUUCACGCCUUAAAGAACGUAUAAUUGCUCAGGUUCCUGAUCUCCAACCUUACAAUAAGGGACGCGAUGUAUAUUUGGCAUUUGGAGAGGACGUUGGGAAUGCACUUCACAAGGUCCAUAAAGAAGAUUCUGAUGAUGAGGCCAUACACCUUGCGAAGGCAGCUGCGAUUGUCCGUAAAGACAUACUUACAAAUAAGUAUUCAUUUAAUGGGUCCUUCGAACGAGACUGUCAACUGCCUUCUAUCCCAGCAUCCUUGUUAUCCUUUGUUAACAUGAUCCUGUAUGGUCCAAAUAUCAACGCUGAAGAGGGUAGUUUUUCAAAAGGUACUGGCAUACAGCCCUCCAACUGGAGCUUCUUCUCCUUGUUUUUCUAAAGUCGCUCCGCCUUGCUGACUUUGGCAUGUACGUAGAUGCAGUUUACAAGAUGCUUCCGUGGUUCUUUGCUUUAAACCAUACCAACUAUGUCCGUUGGCUCCCUAUACAUGUACGCGAUAUGCGCGAACUCGACAGUAAGGCACCAGCAGUAGCAGAGGCAUUCAAGCAGGGUUUGUUCACCGUCACAAAAACCCGUCGAAGAUUUUCUUGUAUAGCUAUUGAUCAGGCCCACGAGCAGAACAAUGCUAUGGUCAAGGAUGACGGAGGGGCUGUGGGUCUGACAGAGAAUGCCAGCGCACUUCGCAGGUGGAUGCUAUCCGGUCCUGAGAUGGCACGGCUAGUCAACGAGUUCGAGGCAUGCAUGUCACCUGAAGUUAGACCUGAAACAAACAACCAUCAUGAAGCUGAGAGGGGUUAUCAAGCAGCGUACCACAAAGAUGUCAGGUCACUCGUGGAUGUACUUGACGACCUUGGGAACCCUUUUGAAGAAGAGGGAAAAGACCUGAUCGUGUUAGAUACAAAGGUGGUGGCAGACGAAGGAGGGGUAUCAAGAAUGCAGCAAAUAGAGGAUCUUGACGUAAAGCAGUGUGACACGUUCAUUUCAGAGCGCCUAAUACAGCGGACGAAGCCUCUCGAUGACCCUAUUAGUAGAAACAAGCUCUCCUUCUUUGAAACUCCUUCCAAGAAGAAAAUUUCAAAGGCUCAACAGCAGCUUUCCUCUAUGAAAAGCGACUGUUCUCUUUUUUCACGACUGUUUAUUGCAUGCCAGAGCAGAAAUGGUAACUUGGAUGAAUUUUUUAAACAUGAAAAUCAAGCAUGCCCCCCAUCGAUAUCUGAUCAAGGAAAUUUGCGCCUCCCUCGACAAAAGUCUGAGUUAGCCUCUUGUCUUCAAGCUCUAACUACUCCCAAGAAUGCAGCCUCAGCCAAUUGUGAAGUCAUUAUUAUGGACGGAGCAGCACUGGUAAACAUGCUUAAGCCCACGGGGAAAGAGAAAACAUUUUCCGAAUAUGCCUCAAAUAAGUUUAUUCCUUAUGUCACCGCUCAGCUUCAACAUGUGAAACGCAUUGAUAUUGUCUGGGACGAAUACGUGGAGAACAGCUUGAAAGCAACAACUCGUAGCAAACGUGGAUCAGGAGUACGACAACUAGUCGCAGCUAAUAAUAAGCUUCCAAGAAACUGGAAAGAAUUCCUUCGUGAAGAUCGGAACAAGCAGAAGCUCUUUAGAUUCCUUGCGCAAUGCGCUACUUCUGUUAACUCGGGUCAGAGACAGAUCAUCUCUACGUAUGCAAGAGGCGUACUGACGAGCCUUCCACGAGAUGACACCUCCAGCCCGGCACCAUCCUCACAUGAAGAAGCCGACACAAGAAUGUUUAUCCAUGCUGCUGAUGCUAUCCAAUUCGGCUUCACCAAGAUCAUUGUUCGUAGUGUUGAUACUGAUGUCUUAGUACUGGCCGUGGCUCUGGUACAGAAGUUACAGGCGCUUGCUUCAGAGAGCAUCCAACUCUGGGUGGCAUUUGGUACUGGGGAACAUCUUCGCUACCUUGCAGCCCACGAGAUUGCCAACAAAUUUAAUAACACCGCUGCACUUGCCCUACCUGCAUUCCACGCAUUCACGGGAUGCGAUACGGUGUCCUGUUUCUAUGGGAAAAGCAAGAAGACUGCGCUGGACACCUGGAAGAGUUUUCCAGAAGUCACCCCUGUGUUUAUCGCCUUGUCCAGAGCUCAAACAGAAAUAGCCGAAGAGUGGAUGUCAACCCUUGAACGCUUCGUUGUCUUACUUUAUGAUAGAACAAGCAGUUCUUCAUCUGUAAACGAAGCCAGAAAGCAGUUGUUUACCCGUAAGGCUCGAAAUUUCGACGCCCUUCCUCCGACGCGAGAUUCAUUACUAGAACAUGUCAAGCGUACUGCAUACCAGGCUGGCCACAUCUGGGGACAAGCCCUCGUGCCAAACCCACCUAUUCCUAGCCCACAAGAUUGGGGAUGGAUAUUGGAAAGUGGCGAGUGGCGGCCUUUCUGGACAACACUGUCAGAAAUAACAAAGUCAUGCCAA